UUUGCUUGUUUGUAUCAGACCUUCUGCUCUUCCACGCGCGAUGAGGUUCGCUUGGCAAAGGAGGCCAGCAAGAAAUACGGAAAACCUGAACCCACUAUAUUUUCUAAAAUAAUUGACAAAACUAUCCCUGCAGUUAUCAUUUAUGAGGAUGACAAGUGUCUAGCUUUCAGAGAUGUAAAUCCCCAGGCUCCUGUGCACUUCCUGGUUAUUCCAAGGAUUCCCAUUCCCAAGAUCAGUGAAGCACACGAUGAUGAUGCAUCGCUCCUGGGUCAUCUCUUGAUAGUGGCCAAAAACAUAGCAAAGAAAGAAGGACUGGAUGAAGGAUACAGAGUCGUCAUUAAUGAUGGAAAAAAUGGGGCGCAGUCCGUGUAUCACCUUCACAUUCAUGUUCUCGGAGGACGGCAAAUGAAAUGGCCUCCAGGAUAGAUGGAACUACUGUCUGAAAAAAAAGUAAUGCUCUGCAUUUUUGGAGGAUAUGAGCAUAACUGAUAAACAGUACAAAAUGGAAAUUUGUUGGAUAUUAUCAAAACAUAUUUGUCAAAUAUUAAGUUAGUGGGAAAAGUAUAGAACUAUUUUCUACAUUAAAAGAGUUUUACUGGUUUUCAUUCUGCAGUUGAUGUUAACAAGCUGUUGGGUAACCUGCACUUAACUGGGUUGGGUUACCUUUACUGUUGUUUACCGUAAUCACUGGGUAAUAAAAAUGUUCUGGUGAGUUCUGCAAAUUUCACAGCUUAAUAUGGGCACAAUGGGUACUACAUGUUCAGCAUAUGCUAAAAUGUACUGAAAAGAAGGACAGGAAGUAUAUAAAUAGGAAGUAAAUGCACAAUGGGUUUUAAUCAUGAAAUGCAAGUAGAACAAAUUCCUUGCAAAGAACAUUCUUGCAUAAAUUGUUGCAUUCAAGUAAAUGGGACAGUUUACAUAUAAAUGAAUGUAUACUGUACACAAUUUAAAGUACACAACAAUUCCUUCCGCCUAUGUUCCAUGAAUAAGGACCCCUGCGUUUAUACCAUGAAGACACAUUUCAGGACGUGCUGAAAUAAUAACAUACAAUCUGAAAUCAUGUAAUAGACCUGGUUUGGCCUCAGCUAAGGUCAUCCAGUAGAGCUAUAAACUGGUGACAGGUGGUGUGAUCGGGUGGCCAGUAGCCCGGUUUCUAUGGGUCGACUUUAAUCCUAUUUGCUGAAACAUCAGAAGCAUCUGUACAGUUCAGGCAUCAAAUCAUGUCUGUUCUGACUAGAAGAAAAAAUGUAAUCCAGAACAAUAGUAAUCUUAAUCUUUUAAACAAACAACUUUGAGCCUUUCAUAAUUUAAUUUAAAACAUAUUAACACAGAGUAAAACAUUAAUUUGAUCUAAAUUUAACAAAACCCUGGGAUUUCUGGAACUGUGGUAAAUAUAUAAUGGUCAUUUUAUCUGGCAUAUGUUAUGGAUUUUUAUUAGAUGAAGGUUGCAAAAUGGUAAAUGUCCACAACUGUCUUAUCAAUAAUGAGUUUUGCGUUAUCUUAUCCGCUCGAAAACUUAGUGGAAUCAUAAUCUCUCAGCUCUUUCACACUAUCUAUUUGUGGCCUUGGAGCUUACGUAACAAUUUUAAUGAACAACGUG